AUGAAGAACUCUGGGCUCUUCCACUUCUUGGCUGCCGUGGACGGUGCUGCCACGAGCAGGAGGGUGGCCUGUUUGAGGGCCCGCCACACCGCCUUGCGUGACCAAGGCAGCCGGGUACCAGCCUCGACCCGGAGUGUGCAGACCACAGGUGGCACACAGCUGGCUUCCUGUCAGACCACCGGCCUCACUUUCCACCCCAGCUACUCAGAGCGGCCCCUGGGCCUGGCCCGGGCCAGCCUGCUUCCACACGGCAUCCACGGGCCCCGCGUGCAGCCCACGGCCCACUUGGCUCUGGGAGCCUCGGGGAGCGUGGGCCUGUGUCUCCUGGAGGACUCCAGGGUGUCCUGCCCACGCCAGCUCCCAUCAGCAGGGCCUACGUGGUGGCACCCGGUGUGCCCUCUGGACGCGUGGCUGCUGUUCGUGGAGCUUCUCUGGAGCUGCUGGGACUGCUGGGGCACCAGCGUCAAGGCGGAGGUGAGGCGGCUAGACCGGGGCUUGCUCGUCCCUGGGAGGGGCCUGGCCGCUGCCUUGAGGACGCUGCCCAUGUUCCAUGAUGAGGACCACGCCCGGGCCCUUGGCCUCCCGGAGGACACCCUGGUGCUGCCGCCCGCCAGCCCUGACCAGAGGGUCAUCUACACGGUACUGGAGUGCCAGCCCCUCUUCGACUCCAGUGACAUGACUAUCACCGAGUGGGUUCAGAUUGCCCAGACCAUCGAGAGACACUAUGGGCGGUACCACGGGUUCGUGGUCAUCCACGGCACUGACACCAUGGCCUUCGCGGCCUCCGUGCUGUCCUUCGUGCUGGAGAACCUGCAGAAAACCGUCAUCCUAACUGGUGCCCAGGUGCCCAUCCACGCCCUAUGGAAUGAUGGCCGUGAGAACCUGCUGGGGGCCCUGCUCAUGGCCGGCCAGUACGUGAUCCCCGAGGUCUGCCUGUUCUUCCAGAAUCAGCUGUUUCGGGGCAACCGAGUGACCAAGGUGGACUCGCGCAGGUUUGCGGCCUUCUGCUCCCCCAACCUGCCCCCUCUGGCCGUUGUGGGCGCUGACGUCAUACUCAACCGGGAGCUGGUGCGGAAGGUCCGAGGGAAGGAGCGGCUGGUGGUGCACAGCAGCGUGGAGCGUGACGUGGGGCUGCUGCGUCUCUACCCCGGGAUCCCCGCUGCCCUGGUUCGGGCCUUCCUGCAGCCCCCCCUGAGGGGCGUCGUCAUGGAGACGUUCGGCUGCGGGAACGGGCCCACCAAGCCGGACCUGCUGCGGGAGUUCCGGGCCGCCACCGAGCGAGGGCUCCUCAUCGUCAACUGCACACACUGCCUUCAGGGCACCGUGACCUCUGGCUACGCAGCCGGCAUGGCCGUGGCGGGAGCUGGCAUCGUCUCGGGCUUUGACAUGACGUCGGAAGCUGCCAUGGCCAAGCUGUCCUACGUGCUGGGCCAGCCGGGGCUGAGCCUGGACAGCAGAAAACAGCUGCUGGCCAGGGACCUCCGGGGGGAGGUGACGCUGCCCGCGGGGGACGAGCACCAGCCCUCGCUGACUUGUAGCACGCUGGGCCGGGGGGUCGCCCAGCUCCUCAGUCUGAGCCAGGAGGCCGAUGCAGUGCGGGAAGCUCUGACGCCUGGCCUGGCCUGUGCUGCGGCCCAUGCGGGCGACCUGGACGUGCUGCAGGCACUUGUGGAGCUGGGCAGUGACCUGAGCCAAGAGAACUUUAACGGUCAGACCCCUCUGCACGCGGCUGCCCGGGGAGGCCACCCCGAGGUGGUCACCAUGCUGCUGCAGAGAGGGGUGGGUGUGAGCGCCCGGGAUGAGGAUGGACUGAGCCCGCUGCUGCUGGCGGUGAAGGGCAGGUACCUGGGCCAUGACUGGCCCUCAGACACAGGGGGCCACAGUCCAGCGGGGGAGCCUUCCGUCCUGUGUGGGGCAGAGGAAACUUACUGGGCCUGGGGCCUGGACAGCAGCCCCACCCUGGAGGUUCUGCAGAAAGGUCACCACUUCCAGGUUUCCAGCUGCUUCUGCCUACAGGAGGGUGCACGGGAGCCCACUCCCCACCCGGGGGCCGAGCCGGAAAGGGACCGAACGCCAGCACCGUUGGGAGGGGGUGCCCGCGGACACAGGAAGGAGCUGAGCUCGGCAGCCCUGGGCCUGGCCUGCACCCCGCCCACCACCAACACCCUCCCCGGAGACCUCCGGGGCCCCCGCUCCCCUGUGCCCCAGUAUCCCCAGGCCUGCCUUGGUGUCACUCGGGGCAUCUGUGAGGUCAGAGUCAUGUUAGCGACUGGCUGCAGUGUGCCUGGGCUGGACAGCCACCAACCCCGUGAACUGGGCUCUGUGGUGCUGAGCCCGCUCUCGCUAUGCAGGUGGAGGGCCGCCGUGGGCAACGGCAGAGCCUCCCUGGACGGUGCCCACAGGAUCACCCCGGUUUGCCCGGGACUUGCUGGUUUUAGCCCUGAAAGUGUCGUGGUCUAG